ACACAUGACUGUAAAAUUAUAAAUACGUGUUGGCCGGAGUAAUCCUUGACUAGAUGGAUCUUUAAGAAACAGAAUAGCGCCAUUGCUGAAUUCAAAGUUUGUGGGACUCCUUGGAAAAUUGAAGGCUGAAUUCUAAUGAUGAAGGACACCAUGAAGAGCGAGCAGAUGUCCAUGCUCUUGUCAACAUACCUAGAGAGGACCUACACAGGCAGAAAGGAGGAGGUGGAAAUUGUAAGAAGGGCGUUAGAUUUAUACGAGUGUCUAAACAAUUCUGACAAGAACUCCAUAUAUGGUAUUCAAGGUGGAAGUCUAGCUGAGGGACUUUGUAUGAUGGGUUCAGAUGUGGAUGAGAUGAUAGUCUCCAGGGAUGUUGUAGUUAUGCACCUCGAUCAAUGUAUUCCUUCAAACAUGGAACACAAAACCAUCCUGUUCAUUAGAGAGGCAGACUGUCGCCCUGGCUUUGUCAGAUUACAGCUGGGUCAGUUGGGGCUGAACUGUGACCACAUUAUAUUCUGCUCACUUGUUACGGUUGGGACAACUUUCUUCAUUUCCAGUGAUUUAUAUAGGGAGCAAUAUGUCAGUUACCUUACUGACAAUACUGGAUGGAUUCAUGAAUCUAAUGGGCCAAGCUGUUCAACAACAUCAACUUCACACGACUCCGACAGCGUUCCUUGUUUUCAAUGUACUACUUGGCCAAAGGAGGCUAAAGAAUGGGAAACACGCCAACGUGUACACGGAUGGCCAUGUCAAACUUUGAUAGACAAGAUUGUACAGAGCGGAUGCCAUCUUGUUCCAGUUGGUGACAAAUGUUCUCCAAGUACGUUACUACAAUGGAGAAUCUCGUUUGCAGUGGCAGAGAAACUUCUAAUUCACUCCUUUACCUACCUCCAACUCAAAGUCUACACAUUGCUGAAAUAUUUCUUAAAACAAAUAAAAAGCACAUUGAAAGAAAACAUUGGAGAUGACGACAUCCUGUGUUCCUAUUUCUUGAAAACAACUCUUUUUCAUGCAAUAGAGAAUACCAGUCAAAUGUUUUGGCAAGACAAAAACUUAUUUGAUUGUUUUUGGUUUUGUUUCAACAUUCUGAUCACUUGGGUCAAGGCAGGAUUCUGUCCACAUUACUUUGUCCAAACAAACAAUUUGUUCAAAAGAAAAGUACAUGGACAGCAUCAACAAAUACUGUUGAAUGUUUUGAAGACAUACAGUAAGAUGAAAUGGAAGUGUCUGUCAGUAGGAGACUACUACAUUCCUUCAAUAUGGAAAGCACUGUGUAAUACUUCAACACAAGCCAAACUUGUAUGUCCUGAAACAGCACAGGAAGUUGCCCUCCACAGGGACACAACUAGUAUUUACUUUUUACGAUCAGCCGUUGUAUUGACUACGACACUGAGGACCAUUAAGAAGGCAUUUCAGCUACUGUCCACAUCACAGUCAGACUUUGAUGAAGUCUAUACAUAUCACUAUGCUACAAUGUCCCUACAAAGACUCGCAGCAUCAAAGGUGUAUUCUGGAACUGCAGAUGCCCCUAACAACAAGACCAGAUACAGGAAACUGAGAAAAUGUAAACACUGGAUGACUCCAAGUGCUGUAAUGGGCACAGAAUUAUUGAAUCUGGCAACUUUCCAUUUUCUCACAGGAAAUUGCAGUAAAUGUCUUAAGAUGUGUAAACAAGUAAAUAAGCUAGCAUCAUAUUAUGUGUCUAACUUACUACACAACACAAGCAAGAGUCUACAUCCAGAGCAAGAAGUAAUUCAUAGACAUGAAUUUAAUCCAUCUGAACAAGCAUUAGACAAACUGAGGAAAUUCUACUCCAAUCUGAUGAUGUUUGAUGGCAGUGACUUUUCUCUUCCUCAUCUCUGUCUAGAGCAGCAGGAAGGAGCACCAUUCAUGAUCAUCCCACCACUGCCCUACGCCUUGUUCUUAACCUUCCUGUGCUGUCAAGAGCUUGGAGACACCAGAGGCCGUGAUGAAGCACUACAGAACUUGAUACAGAUCCAGUACGAUGAUAUCCAAGGAGGAGAGCAAUUCUGGAUAGUUCACACUCUACUGGGAUUAUGUUACCAGACUCUCGGAGACUAUCACAGAGCUAUCAGAGCUUACUGGAAGUCGGAACAAUCCAAGAGUGACUGCUAUGAGUGGAAUCCUGCCAUAAAUAGGAUAGCCAUUGUGUAUCUGUGUCUGUAUAUCUCACACAGGUCUGACAGAGGAUAGCCAUUGUGUAUCUGUGUUUGUAUAUCUCACACAGGUCUGACAGAGGAUAGCCAUUGUGUAUCUGUGUCUGUAUAUCUCACACAGGUCUGACAGAUAGCCAUUGUGUAUCUGUUUCUGUAUAUCUCACACAGGUCUGACAGAGGAUAGCCAUUGUGUAUCUGUGUCUGUAUAUCUCACACAGGUCUGACAGAGGAUAGCCAUUGUGUAUCUGUGUCUGUAUAUCUCACACAGGUCUGACAGAGGAUAGCCAUUGUGUAUCUGUGUCUGUAUAUCUCACACAGGUCUGACAGAGGAUAGCCAUUGUGUAUCUGUGUCUGUAUAUCUCACACAGGUCUGACAGAUAGCCAUUGUGUAUCUGUGUCUGUAUAUCUCACACAGGUCUGACAGAGGAUAGCCAUUGUGUAUCUGUGUCUGUAUAUCUCACACAGGUCUGACAGAGGAUAGCCAUUGUGUAUCUGUGUCUGUAUAUCUCACACAGGUCUGACAGAGGAUAGCCAUUGUGUAUCUGUGUCUGUAUAUCUCACACAGGUCUGACAGAGGAUAGCCAUUGUGUAUCUGUGUCUGUAUAUCUCACACAGGUCUGACAGAGGAUAGCCAUUGUGUAUCUGUGUCUGUAUAUCUCACACAGGUCUGACAGAUAGCCAUUGUGUAUCUGUGUCUGUAUAUCUCACACAGGUCUGACAGAGGAUAGCCAUUGUGUAUCUGUGUCUGUAUAUCUCACACAGGUCUGACAGAUAGUCAUUGUGUAUCUGUGUCUGUAUAUCUCACACAGGUCUGACAGAGGAUAGCCAUUGUGUAUCUGUGUCUGUAUAUCUCACACAGGUCUGACAGAUAGCCAUUGUGUAUCUGUGUCUGUAUAUCUCACACAGGUCUGACAGAGGAUAGCCAUUGUGUAUCUGUGUCUGUAUAUCUCACACAGGUCUGACAGAUAGUCAUUGUGUAUCUGUGUCUGUAUAUCUCACACAGGUCUGACAGAGGAUAGCCAUUGUGUAUCUGUGUCUGUAUAUCUCACACAGGUCUGACAGAGGAUAGCCAUUGUGUAUCUGUGUCUGUAUAUCUCACACAGGUCUGACAGAGGAUAGCCAUUGUGUAUCUGUGUCUGUAUAUCUCACACAGGUCUGACAGAGGAUAGAUGUCUGUACCUAUAUAUGAUAUAUCAGAGAUCGGCAAUGAUCUUCUUAUCUUGAUACACCAGCAUUACCACCUCAUAAUUACAACGGUUUACAAUUCUGUAUUUUUACAAUACUUCUAGUCCUAAGAAAAGCUACUUUCAACUUAAUGUUAUGCCUCAUCAAGUUCUGAUCUUUGAUUUCAGACACAGGUUACCAAUCUUGUCACCAAAAGGUGCCAUAGCUUGUGAACAACUUAUAAUCACUUACUUUUAUUAUGAAAGAUGUCUGUUUUAGAGAGCAGUGACUUAAAUGGUAAUAAUCUAUCAAAAAUAUAUAUGUUGUACAUUAAAAACCCAAUAAAUUUGGUAUGAUUUCUUUUGUUCAAACCAAUGUAUAUAAUAACUUUAUCCUGUAUCAUGUCAAUAAAGAGAACCUGA